CAACAAACUUGAAUAUAAUUCAUCAUAUUCCAGCCGUCAAGGAAUACAUCAAGAAUGUGAUGGAAAGAGGACUGCCAAGUGAAAUGAUGAACAUUCAAGAGACACAAUGCUCUCAGAACUUCAUCUUCAACCACAUUCCAAUCUGGAGAAUUGAAUUUAUUCCUAAUCAAGGGCUGACGAAACAAGUGAAUUCAGGGCUAGGAAAAAUACGCACUUUAGAAACAGACCAUACUAAGAGCACUAUUCAGGUGAAAUCUGGGACAGAGGCUUUAAAAAAAGAAAAGCUGAUAGUGACGACUAAAACCUUGGCAGGAAAACUCAAUCAUGAUCCAAGGGAUGUUAUAGACGUUCAAAUCAAGCCUGAAGAAAAUGUGAAAAUAGAAAAGAAAAAUGUGAGAACUGAUGGUAAAGUAGAAGUUGAAUUCAUGGCUAAAGUAGCUGGUCAGUUGACAGCAGAGGUUCAAGUGAAUGGGAAUCAUGUAUCUAACAGUCCACUAGCGGUGAAUGUCAAGCCACAAGAGAUGAGAACAACAGGACAGUUUAAGAUGAAAGGUGUAAAUAGAGAAUCUUGUAAGUUAAGAGGUAUAGCAGUAAACAGAGACAACAGCAGGAUCGCUGUUUCAAAUGGUUCUGCUGAAUGUGUCCAUGUAUUCACCACUGAUGGAGAUCUCUUUCUGACGUAUGGUACUCGAGGUAGAAUAAAGCGAAAACUUUCUUAUCCUCACGGCUUAGCAUUUCUGAAUGAUACAGAUUUAGUCAUAGCAGACUGGAGUUAUCAUAGAAUAUGUAUAGUGAACACUACAACAGGGACAUUGGUAAAAACCUUUGGUAACCAAGGUGACGGGGAUGGAGAGCUUCAAUGUCCAUAUGGAGUACACGUUGAUGACGAUGGUAACAUCAUUGUGUGUGAUGGUGGUAAUAAUUGUGUUCAAGUCUUCACGAGAGACGGUGACUAUCAAUAUCAGUUUGCAUUGACAACACAGUUUGGUUUGACAACACAGGACGAGUUCGCUCUAUAUGAUGUGAUAACACAUGAUGGACUGUUUUACGUCAGUGAUUGUAAUAAUCACAUUGUUCAUGUAUUUGAGAAGAAAGGUAACGUACCGACUAGAAUAUCGACGAUUGGUGGUGAAGGCAGUGCUGAUGGUAAGCUAAAUGUACCAUGUGGCCUGGCUAUUGACAAUGACCAUCAUCUGCUGGUGUGUGAUUUUGGUAAUAACCGCGUACAAAAAUUCACAUUGGAUGGUCGUUUUGUAGGAAAGACUUGUGAUGUAAUCGAAAACCCUAGAUAUAUAACUGUUUUAAAGGAUGGUCAGUUAUUAGUUAGUACGUAUGGUUCUGGUGUCUGGUGUGUAAAGUAGAAUUGACUAAUGAUUUUCAGUCACCAUAUUUGAUCGAUAUGACAUAUGCAAUGAUAUCCCUGGGUUUGACAUGUGCUAAAAUAAGACUAUUCGCAGUUUAUACAUUUGAUAUCUGUUUUUAUUCUUUUUUACUUUUGUUUGCGUUUGCUUUAUUUUGUCUUCUU